AAGUCCUUACCUUCACAGACAGAAUAGGCUACGUGGAGGCAGCAGCAGAAGAUGUGGUGCCCAAGUCGACGCACGUAUUAUUUUGAUUUAAAAAAAAUCUAGCACCUCAAUGAGUAAUAAUAACAAUAAUUGGCAAAUCAAUAGGGGCAUUUCCAAUCAAUUAUUAUAGCUACCAAAUAAUGUUGGACAUGCAGUUUAUAGCUAGCCAACUACUUUGUAACAAUCGAAUGAACACAAUGUGUGUCGCGCUAACAAAAUAAUUCUGAGACCAGUACGGUACAUUUGGCAAUUUGUUUUUUGGCUACAAAAAAGUAGUCGAACGUUGUGCACAGAACCACAAAGAGCCUAAUCGCGAGCCCGGGUCGCUGAUGAGAAGCAAACACCAUCUGAGAGAGAGAACAUGGAAUAAACCAUGGCCCACAAUAUAAGCUUUUUUGAAGGUGCUGAACAGUUGUCCAAUUUCCCAAGUAAAAAUAUUCUAACGUCUGAAAGAACAGCCUGGGUGGGUGGGGAGCUUAUACUUCUGAGCUCACCUUGACUGGCAGCUCUUUGAAACACCAUUGUGGUCGUUGCCAGGUAACAAGGUAAACAAUGGACCACAUGUCAUUGAUGACCAGCUCUGGAUAGAUCAGAGGCCAGGCGAGAUGGAGGGUACAAGCAGAACUGGAGCUUUUCUCUUUCUGAAGGCAGUGAAGAACAGAGGAGACACGACACAUCGGUGGUGACCAUGGAGAUGGACAGACAGCAGCACUCCUCCCCAGAGGGACAGAAGUCCCCCGCUCUUAGGCAUUUCUCUUCUGCGGAUCCCCUAAAAACAUAUGAAAACAGGCCAAAUACAAAUAAUCACAUACGGGCUCUAAACAAACCAGGAAGGGACAAGAGGCUAAGUGACCUCCCAAACAUGGUAGCAACAACGUCACCGAUGCCUAACAGAACUGACUAUUUAAUAGUCAGCCCAACACCGUCUCAAGGAGUUGUUCUACAGGGGAGAGCCUUUCAACACACCCACAAUGUUCCUGCUGCAAUGAGGAAACCUGUCCAAAGAAGAGACUACAGCACCACUCAACAGCAGAUCCAAGCAGCAGAAUUAGAGAGUAUCAUUCUCACCUGUCCAGAGAGCCCAGCCAACGACAACUUGAGCAUCAAAGAGCACAGUCGGAGACCCUCGCUGGAGGGCUGUUGUAGCUUUCCCUCGCAGGUUCAGACAGUGGAGCCCCUAAAUCCAGAAAGGAACCACACAGUGUGUGAGAAGUGUAGCAAAUCCAGUGAAAGCCACAGCACGUGUGAACACUGUGGAAACUCCUUGGUGCCGGAGGUUCCUCACCUCUACCACCCCCCAGCAGCCCAGCCUACGUCCCCCACGCCCAGACCCCCCAUUCGACCUCACCCACAGCACACUCAACACCACUCCCCAGGACCAAACAGUCGACAGCUGACCAAGAACAGCUUCUACGGUUCGUCCUCGACCAUGAGGGUGCUGCCGCUGCGUGUGGACACAGUGAUGAACCCGCCCAUUCCGGUACGCAUCACCACCCGGGCCGGCCUGCCGCUGCCACACAACGGGAGACCCGCGGGGGUGGGGUUGGUGGGGAGCUGCUGCGCCGGGAAAGUCGCCGGCAUCAAAGGCAGGAGGACGGCGGCCGCCAAGCAGCACGAGCUUAACGACCCCAUCGUUCUGUCCAGUGAUGAGGAUGAGGCGGACAACGCCAGCACGGGCAGCGUAACCAGGCUGGACAGCGUUUCCCCUCGGCCCGCUGACUCAGCCCACUCCUCACCGGCGCCCUCCGGAGGCAGAGUGGAGGCGGCAGUGAAGAGUAGCACAGGAGGGGAGCAGGAGGAGAUCACUUCUGACUUCUUCUCCGACGUCGACAGCAGAAUUUCACUACCCAGAAGGAACCGCAUGAAAGAUCAGUUUGGAAACAAAAUGCCGGACGACUCUACACCCAGGAAAAAACAGAGGAUCUCUCCCGACAAGUUGGACAGCAUCAUCCUGGACUGUCGGAGUGUGAGAGUAGGGACUCUUCGCAGGAUGGUGUCCAAGCCUGUCAAUUUUACGGUCGAUCACAUUCAUCUUGAAACUGAAGGUCCUGAGGUGGAUGCUCUGGAGAAGGUGUGUCUGCGUGCGUCGGAGCUCAUAAGCUGUGAGUGGUGCAGCGUGAGGAAGCUGCCCGUCCUCUUCUUCCAGACCAGCACCGAGGAAUGUGUGCGGCUCCGCACCCAGCUCAAGAUGACCCGAGACAAGGGAGGCCUGUGCUGGUACGACUGCGCUGGCAACGACUCUGAUGAGAAGUACAUCGUGUUGAUCUUUGAGAACGGGCUGUCGAUGCACCAGCAGAUGGUUCUAGAGGAGAUUCUACAAGAGAUCGGCCGAGCCAACAACCUCAAUGAGUUCCCCACCAAAUUGUCGUUUGAUGAAGCUAACAUCAGAUUGGUCAACUACAACAAAGCAACUAAAGAAAAGGUAAACAACAAAAACAACAGCACUAAAACCAACACACCGGCUCCAAUGGUGCGAACGCGCAUGGCUACACGACAGCAGAACGAUGCGUUCUUUGAUGAUGAAGACGAUGACAUGGCUGAGCUCCAACCCACCUUCACUGGACCAAUCAUAAAGUUGAUGGUGUACCCACCUCCUCCAGCCAAGGGGGGCAUAUCGGUGACUAACGAAGACCUUCACUGCCUUAAUGAUGGAGAAUUCCUAAACGACGUCAUCAUAGACUUUUAUUUAAAAUAUUUAGUUUUGGAGAAGUUGAAAAAAGAAGACUCACAAAGGAGUCACGUGUUUAGCUCAUUCUUUUACAAGAGACUCAACCAGAAAGAGAGGAGAAUCCUCCCAGACACCACGAACCUACCGAUGCAGAAGAGGAAGCACAACAGGGUGAAGACAUGGACCAGACAUGUAGACCUGUUCCAAAAGGACUUCAUCUUUGUGCCCAUCAAUGAGUCAUCCCACUGGUACUUGGCAGUGAUCUGCUUCCCAGGGAUGCAGGGCCCUCAGUUUGAGCCCAACCCUUUGUGCCAGGCCCCAGGGCUAUCACAGACACAGUCAACACCCCAGGGCAGGCCUCCUGACCACUGCCGGCCACUCUCCCCAGAGUCAGACUACUGUGAGCCCCCAGGCAGAGAGGAACCUUUGGCCCCCUCAGAGAAGCUGUCCCUCAGUGCAACAGAGGCCUCCUCGGAAGGACACUCCCACAGCGAGCAGCCAAAGGGAGCGUCCAUUUGUCCCAAUGGGGGCCAAGUGCCUCCCAAGACCUCUUUAGAAAGGGUGAAUGGGCUGGUCAAUGCUCAGCCACAGUACACAGAUGGCUUGCACAGAAUCAGUUUGUGUUUCAGAUCAGGUAGUGGCAAUGGUGAUGACACAGAUACCUUUUCUGAUGACCAAAGCUCCUGUCAGGAUGAGUGCAGUGAGGACGGUGCACUUGCUGAAGACCUGGAACUCCCUGAGAGCUCAGAGUGGACAUCAAAACCCACCGUCUGUAAACAACCUUGUAUUCUCAUCAUGGACUCGUUACGUGGCCCUGCCAGAUCUUCUGUCAUUAAAACAUUACGAGAGUACCUGGAGGUGGAGUGGGAGGUGAGGAAAGGAAGUCGGAGGAGUUUUGGGAGGGACCAGACAAAGGGUUCUAGCCCACAUGUGCCUCAGCAGGACAACUUCAGCGACUGUGGAGUCUACAUUCUGCAGUAUGUGGAGAGCUUCUUCGAGAAUCCACUUACCAGCUUUCAUCUCCCGGUGAACCUGGAGGAAUGGUUCCCGCAGCAACGUAUGAAGACGAAACGCGAAGAGAUCAAGGAGCUCAUCUUAAAUAUCCAAGCUCAACAGGAGAUGGAGGCGGGCCAGGGCUCAGCCAAAGGCUCCCCUGGAGAACAGGAGGUGGGAGAAGAGGAUACAGGGGAAGGUGUAGAGAUUCAGAACCUGCCUGUCAGCCCCUGAGGUGCGCUGUCUAGUCCGACACUGCUACCUACUUACCUCUUUUACUUUGACAUGAUGGUCCUAUCUAUCGGGUGGGUCUCCCGCUGCCUGGCAAAGCCUUGGAGGUCUGUCUGCCUGCUGCCGGGGCCAAGCCUGGAUGAAGGUCUGCCUGCCUGCUGCCUUGGCCAAGCCUGGAUGGGGAUCUGGAGGUAUGCCUGCCUGCUGCUGGGCCCAGACUGGAUGGAGGUCUGCCUGCCUGCUGCCAGGGCCAAGCCUGGUUGUACACUGCUGGAUUACUCUCCAUCUCCAUUAUUUCUUAACAGCCAUAUUCCUUCCAUUGACAACAAAACAAAACAUUUUAAAUUUGUAUUGAAUAAAACAUGUAUAUAUUCUGGAA